UCGUGACGGUUCUGCAAUCUACAUUCCAGAGACUCGCAUCUGUCAACAUGACUUAAGUUAGCUUCCUGCGAUGAGAUCACUAUCUACAGACAAUAAAAUCAGUCCCCUGCCGAUUCGCACAUGGGUUGUGCAAAUACAUUGACGCUGCGACGAUGUCAUUGUAAUGAGCCUAUCGGAUUUUCUAACACCAGUAGGGCGGCGCUAAGAUGUCUGUGGCGUAUAUCAUGGCGUCCACGCCUCGGGUACCAGUCUCGUGCCGCAGCUGCUCCGAGCACCACUGAGAUCGGUGGAGGAGAGAACGAGAGCGAGCACGGGCGCGUUCACGAGCGCAUCCUUCAGGAGGACGCAAUCACUUCAGACACUCUGGGACCCCUAUGAAAACAGGACUGCUCAACCCUGACGCUCCGACAACUGGGCGUUUUGCUGACCGGGAGAUUUAGAACAAAAACAAAAGUAUCAUUCAUGGAAAUAAAAUAGACCUCUGGUUCAUUUUAUUUUUUAUUUUAUUUUUUUUAUUUGUUUGUUUUCUGAUCGGAAGACAAACACCGGAGUUCCAAAAUGGCUGAAAUGACCAAUUUAAGACCAACCUAUGAAGUCUCGCCAGUGCUGGCAGGCUUCCUAGGUGCCGGGGUGCUGGUCGUCUCGGUGACGGUUGCCGUGUUCCUGUGGAGCUGCUGCCAGCGCCGCUACCGGCGAAUGACGGGGGCCUACAAGCUGAACAGCGGCCCGUACGACCCCCCCGUGGACCCCCCCUACAAGUUCAUCCACAUGCUCAAGGGGAUCAGCAUUUACCCAGAAUCCCUCAGCAGCAGCAAGAAGAUCGUCCGCGUGGGCCGCCGCCCUGGCAACAGCGGGCCUUCAUCCUCGUCCUCCAACUCCUCCUCCUCAUCGUCAUCACUGACAUCAUCGCUGCGCGACUGGCGCUACGGCUUCGGUGCGGAAUGCGGACGCAACCGCAACGCGAUGGUGGACGCCGACCCCGAGGGCGGGUUCCUGGGUGGGGGGGCGCACCUGCAGAUGAACCCGCUGGUGCCCCCUUGUGGCGUGCCCCGGCUGGAGCGGGCGCUGCCCAUCCGCGCCGACUACUGCUGCCUGGAGAGCUCGGGCGGCAGCAGCGGCAGCGAACCCGCCAGCAAGACGGCCACGCCCCACUGCCCCAUCACCUUGAAUCUGGGCACGCUCAGUCUGGCCGUGGACUACAACUUCCCCAAGAAGGCCCUGGUGGUGACCAUCAUGGGUGCGCAGGGUCUGCCCGCCGUGGACGAGCAGGCGGCCAGUUCCGACCCCUACGUGAAGAUGACCAUCCUGCCCGAGAAGAAGCACCGCGUGAAGACCCGCGUGCUCAGGAAGACGCUGGAGCCCGUGUUCGACGAGACCUUCACCUUCUACGGCGUGUCCUACAGCACGCUGUCUGAGCUCACGCUGCACUUCCUCGUGCUCAGCUUCGACCGCUUCGCCCGCGAUGACAUCAUUGGCGAGGCCGUCGUGCCAUUGGGCGGCGUGGACCCCAGCACUGGACGCGUGCAUAUCAGCCAGCCAAUCACCAAGAGGAAUGUUCAGAGUGACAGUCGUGGAGAGCUGCUCGUCUCUCUCUCCUAUCAUCCUGCCACUCAGCGCCUCAAUGUGGUCGUACUGAAGGCCAAACACCUGCCCAAGAUGGACAUCGCCGGAAUGUCUGGCAACCCGUACGUGAAGGUGAACGUGUUCUAUGGCCGCAAGCGCAUCGCCAAGAAGAAGACACACGUGAAGAAGUGCACGCUCAACCCCGUCUUCAACGAGUCCUUCAUCUACGACGUGCCCGCCGAGCUCAUGCCCGACCUGUCCGUGGAGUUCCUGGUCAUCGACUUCGACCGCACCACCAAGAAUGAGAUGGUGGGCCGUGUGGUCCUGGGGGGGCAGAGCCCCUCCCCGACGGGCGUCACACACUGGCGCGAGGUGUGCGACAACCCACGCCGGCAGAUCGCCAAGUGGCACAACCUAGAGGAGUUCUAGAACCCAGAGCGCCUGCGGCUUUCCCUGCUUAGCCCAGCGAGAGGUGGGGGAGGUGGGGACAUGAGUUCGCACCCCACCACCACCCCCUUUUCCCCCGAAAUACAUAAAAGGUUUAGUUGAAAUAGAGAAGGCCCCCCCCAUCAAAGAUUCCCUCUUCCUGAUCUGAGACGCUAUGCCCCUCCUCCCUCGUCGUGUUGACAGGUACUGGACCCAAUUGCCUGAUCCCCUGAUACCCUCUCCUUCGUUCCCACCCCUGCCCCACAGAGACAGAAAACUGCACUGAAAGACAGAACUCACUCGUCGCAGUGAGACGACCAUCCCCCCACCACCACCC